GAAAAUAUGGCACAUUGCGAAUGCACGAUGCGCACGCUAAAGUUGUUCGUGUGUUUGCUCAUUUUGGGGGUGGCGUGUGCCGAUGAGGAGGUCACGGUCGACAUUCCUCUAGGCACACUCAAGGGCUUGAAAACCACCACUGUCUUGAGUGGUAUGCCAUAUUACAGUUUCAAAGGAAUUCCCUAUGCUAAACCACCAAUCGGAUUUCACAAAUUUGAGCCUGCAGUUCAGCCAGAUCCAUGGAUAGGAGUACUCGAUGCAACUAAGCACCGUCAAACCUGUGUCUUUUUCUGCAUGAUUAGGCAAGGAAUCAUGGGCGAUGAAGAUUGCCUCUACUUGAACGUGUAUACUCCCGAAGUCAAUAAAGAUGCGAGAAAGGCUGUUCUUGUGUUCAUUCAUCCAGGUGGUUUUAAUGCAGGCUCUGGAGAUGAUGACGUGUAUGGCCCUGAUUUUCUUGUAGAACACGAUGUCGUUGUUGUUACUUUCAAUUCAAGACUUGGAGCCGCUGGAUUUUUGAGUACUGGAGACGAAAAUGCGCCGGGUAAUAUUGGUUUGAAGGAUCAAGUUAUGGUACUGAAUUGGAUAAAAGAAAAUAUAUAUCAUUUUGGAGGAUGUCGAGAUAGAGUAACUAUUGUGGGUAUGAGUUCUGGAGCAGCGGCAGUAGAAUAUCAUAUGCUUUCGCCCAUGUCACGUGGUUUAUUCAAAGGGGCAAUCAUGCAAAGUGGAUCCGCCCUAAAUCCUUGGGCUAUGGAGUACAAUCCAAAAGAUAUGGCUUUCAAAUUAGGUGAAGCUCUUGGAAUUAAGACAACGGACACUAAAGAAUUGGUGAAUAAACUUAGGGAAUUUUCCGUCCAUGAAAUUGUUACAGCAACUUCAGAAGUCUCUAAACUAUUGAAUCAUAUGAAUGGACACAUGGCCGCAUUUGUACCGGUUGUAGAACCUGAUGCUGGGCAAGCAAUAUUUUUAACAAACGAUCCAUGGACAUUGAUAAAAUCUGAUGAUAUUGCUGACGUUCCAGUGAUGAUUGGAACAAAUUUAGAUGAAACUGCUUUUAUGGCUCCAAUGUUCCUACCUAAUGCUGAAAUGAUGGAUAAGCAUUUUGAAUUCUUCUUACCAGAUGACUUGAAUGCCACUGACGCAAGGAGAAAAGAAUUGAGUGAUAUGAUAAGAACAUUCUAUUUAGACGGAAAAGAGCUUACAGUUGAUUCAAAAGAGCAAUUCACAACGAUGACUAGUGACAUAUUCUUUGUUGCGGGAAUCUUAAUGUCAUCUAGAAUCAUGAGUGCCAGGGAGAAGUCCCCGAUUUAUGAAUAUUUAUUCUCGUACUAUGCACCAUUUGGAAUUAUGAAGAAUUUAUUUAAAAAGGAAGAAGGUGUCGCUCACGGCGAUGAACUGGGAUAUCUGUUUUAUUCGAAUGCUUUCCAGAAUAAGCCGGAACCAGGAUCGCCUGCCGAAAAAAUGACCAGAACAUUGACAAAGUUGUGGGCUAAUUUCGCAAAAGAGGGAAAUCCAACGCCAAGCUUGGAUGACGAUAUCACAGUGACUUGGUCACCCACUGGCCAAGAUGACAAUUACUUAGAAAUCAACUCGGUUAUGAAAAUGGACAAAGGACUUCACAAGGAUAGAAUCAAUUUAUGGGCACAAAUUUACAACGACGUUUUAGGAGAUUAUGCAAAAUUAUUUAAUAAAUAAGAUAUCCAUACAUUUUUCUAUUUAUUUUGAAUUGUACAAUGUAUGCUCCGUUUACUUCAAUGCUGACUAAGCCUAAAAUUUGAGAUACUCAUCACCUUGAUCCAACGGAAGAUAAAUCAAGAUGUUAUGCAAAUAAGCUACUUACAUCUCAAGAUGAUCUUUAGCAUCCUCUUAUUAGGAAAACAGACAAUGCAGAAAGUUUUAUUUUCACCUUACAACUCUGAUCUUUUUUAAAUUGUUUGCGUAUUUGUUUUUUAUUCCCGUUGACAUUUUUUAAUCAGAAGAAUAUAUGUAUUCUUCAUAAGUUAUGUGAACAUUAUUAUAUUGUUUUUUUUUAAAGAAAGUAUAAAUAUCUCUCUUGAUGAUCUCUA